GUCCAUAUUCCGUUUCUCACCGUGUCCAUGUUUUUGUCAUCCCAUUGACGCAUUCACUACAUUUCAGCGAUCAACAGUUCCACUACGACUGUGUGCGCAAGGCGAACGCAUUGGCCGCCGCGCUCCUUGUGAUCAUCACCGCCGCCGAUUUAUCAGCGUUAUAUUUUACCAUAACAUGUUGUAUUAGUGUGAAUAGUGUGAUUUAAGAUUUUGUCGUUAUCAUUAUCGUCAUUUUUUCGAUUCAAAUGUUUAUUCGUCGUUUUCGUUAAUUAUUGUGGCGGUGCAUAUCUACCUAACCGUUUUGAAAAAGUACAUUUCUAUUUACUAAUACUUCUCUAUAACGAUGAUUCACGUAAACUCUUGACCGCGUUCGUCGAAAACAACUACACUUGUUGUCUAGUACGCGGCAGUGCGGCAUAGUAUUUAAAAAGUAUUCCAACGAUUUACCGAGUGUUUCGUGUCUCUACGGGGUAUCGAUGUGGUGCGUCUAGAGAUUGUAUUUUUCGCGGUGGGCACCCAGCAGUUUUCGAAAUGCCUGCUGAAGAUGAUUCGUCCGUAUUGUCCAACAUCUGCGUGGGCUGCGAAUGGUUGGCCACUGAACUAUCGUCCAGUAACAAGUGUCAGUUGCUCAUACUGGACUGCCGUAGUUCUAUGGACUUCUCAGAGUGUCACAUACGCGAUGCGGUCAACUUCAGCAUACCCACUAUUAUGCUAAGACGGUUGGCCGCCGGUAAGAUUGACUUGGCAUCUACAGUCAAGUGCACUGAUCUCAGAGAGCAAAUUGUCAAUGCAUAUAAACAAAGUGCAUUUGUGCUGUAUGGUGAUGAGUGUUUGGAUGAUCGUAAGACUACAUCAUCAGUAUCAGAUACAAUGAUUGUGUUGGCCAAGCGAUUAUUGAAGGAUGGUUGUAAGGUUCAUUGCCUGAACGAGAGUUUUGAUGCGUUUCAACAAUCGUAUCCAGAAUGGUGUGAAUCGUUUUUGGAACGUUGCGCCAGAGCGAACGACGACAUGACAGGUUUCAUCGGCGACACGGACACUCUGAUGGGUUUGCGGUCGCUGCACAUCACCCCGUCGCUUGUGCCACACACCCGGAACGCACGACGCCAGCACCAAUUGCUAUCCGUGCUUAGCACGUCACCUGAGAGCUCUGGGGGUUCGGACAUUGACAGUCUGUCGGACGUGGACAGCUCCAGUUCGAUACUUGGUUACGACGAGGACCGUGAUUUCCCCGUAGAGAUCCUACCCGACCUGUUCCUCGGCAACGCGACUAAUUCGGAAGACUUGGAAUGGCUUAAGAAACACCGGAUAGAGUAUAUUUUGAACGUUACGUCGGACUUGCCUAACACUUUCGAAGAACAAGGACAUAUCAAGUACAUGCAAAUACCAAUUUCCGAUCAUAUCGGACAAAACCUUGCCAGCUUUUUCCCUCAAGCAAUAGAAUUCAUCGAUAAGAGUCGGGCGCAAAAGAAAGGCGUCUUGGUGCACUGUCUGGCGGGCAUAUCGCGCUCGGUAACGGUGAUGCUGGCGUACCUGAUGGCUCACCGGCAACUGACGCUCAACGAGGCGUACAAUAUGGUGCUGAAGCGCAAGGCGAACAUCGACCCAAACUUCCACUUUAUGCAGCAGCUGCACUCGUUCGAAAAGCAGCUGCUUGACGCCCGGACGCAGCCCAAGCAGCAAUCUGCCAACUCGACAGGCUCGUCGACGUCCAGCUACCUGAGCCCGCUGUCGACGGCCGUUCAGAGUCCCGAUAGCGGCAUCGAAUUCGACCGGUGGACUCCCGGCACGGGUGGAUGAGAAACAUUUGAGGGCGACGAACAACAACGACGAUCGCCCCAGACCAAAUACCGCUUCUGACCAAACGCCGCCGCUUCAUGUAUUAUUCUACCAUUACUAUUACUACUACUACUACUACUACUAUUACUACUACUACUACUACUACUACUAUUACUACUUUACAGUCGUCACAGUCUUCGUUUUCUAAACAUUUUUGUUUUAUUUUUUUACUAUACACAAUAGAUCUACUUGCGUUUUUUUAAAAUCAAAACCUUAAAACAAAAAUGUUAUCAAAUUCAUUCUGUGUAAAAGUAUUUAAGUUUAACGCGUGCAACCUAUUUCGAUUAAACGACUGUCUUCUCCCCAUUUUUGUCAUUAGUGCUCAUCAUACUUAUUAUUAUUAUUACUUUUUUUUUUAAAUUUUAAAUCGCACAAUUCUUUAAAUUAUUAUUUUAUCUGUAUUGUUAAGGGCUAAUAUUAUAUAAUUUUAUUAAGUUAUACCAUCGAUUAUUUUUCUGAAGAUUUAUCGCACACUAUGAUGUUCCAUGCCGUGUAACUACGCGUUAAAAGAAAAAGGAUUUUUAUCAUCGCGUUUCAUUGACGAGGUGUUGAAAAAUUAUUCCUUGUAUAUUAUUCAUUCAAGUAUUACAUUUACCACCUGCGAUGUGGUGGAACAUGUCUAUUUAAAAAUGAUUGUCGUUGUUAUAUAUUUUAUACUUAAUUUAUUUAUGUUGUACUGUAAAUGUUUAUAUUUCUAGACUGAUUUAUGGUCCGAUGCCAUUUAAUUUAUUCGUUCGGCCGAUUUUAAAUUAGCUGUAUUAUUAAUGACGAUCAUGUUAAUAUUAUAUGAUUGAUUGAGUGAAAAUCAAUUUUUUCUCAUUAUCUUCAUUAGAUUUUAGAUCUUAAAAAUUAAAACAUGUGUUUGUAUGUCAUUAAGUGUUGUAACUAUUAAUUUAUUUUUAAAUUCAAAUUACAGUGUCUAUACAUUACUUUAUUAUAUUAUAUUAUUAUAAUACAUUACAAGGAUUUUUAAAGUCUAUUCCAUAUUAUAAAUAAUAAAUUAUAAUAUUAACAUGGGUUACCACUUAAUGAAAUGAUGGCCAAUUGUAUAAAAUUUUAUGAUAUAAGCAAAUGAUUGUAUUUUGUAUUAGGCCCUAUAUUUUGUAAUUAUAGUGCCAUAACCAACCUCAGAUGAAUGAGGUAAACAAUAUAAAUAUGUGUUUAUGUAAAUGAUUAUGAGAUAUAAUAAUAAUAAAUUUAUUUAAAAAUAUAA